AUGACAUAUUUUAAAGUGAUAGAAUUAUUAAAUUCAGGGGAAACAUAUGAUAUUUUGUUAGGUUGGAAGUUGGUUAACUUAAGUAACUUAGGGUUUGGAAUAAAAGACCUAGGUAUUAUACCUAUACCUCCCGAUUUCCGGUUGAUUGUGGCUCGAAUCGUCGUUCCAUCUCUACUCAUCACCUUCGCUGGUGUCGAUCGGCUCUCCACCAAGCUCAGGUUUUCGAUCAAGCACCAAAAGAUCUCGGUGGAGUUGCGAUUGGAUGUGGAGUCCCUUGACCACCACACCGGCGGCACGACUACAGCUAGGGCGAGGGCUCCGACAGAGGAACGAGGAAAGAAAGGUGUAAACACGGAUUCAAAGUUGGUUCUUCUUUCUUCUGAUGUUUUCAUUGGUGUGCUGGAAUUCCAUAUCAGAUUCUUUAAAGGUGAGGAUGACUUCCAGGAUAUGCCAGAAGGCCCACGGACGAAGUAGACGAGGAGGCGGGAUGGACGCAUGGUACUGUCUGUUGUCCGGGAGGGCAGUGCAUACUGGAUCUACCAAAAGAGAUUUUCGUUUCUUAGUCACUCGAGUGGGGAAUGUUGAGGAGUUAUUGUUCUUAUCGAUAAACAUUUGUUGAUACAAACUUGUCUAUUGGUUAUGAUAGUUCCUUUAUGGUUCGGCAAUGUGAUCA